ACGAGCCUGAGGAAGCAUGCGUUAUCUGUAACGGUGUAACCUAACGAGCUUGCCGUCGAUCUCACGCUCGGUCCCCCGCAUCACCGUCUGUUGUGGGUAGCGCUCGCUGAACCCCUUCCCACAUGAUCAACGCCCAGAAGCUUCUUCCGCCCUUUACCAGACCAAGGCCCGUAGAGCGAGGUAGUGAGCGAGCGAGAGAGAAGAAGAAAGCCUCCAAACCCCACAGCGAUGGUGGCGACGAAUCUCAAAUCGGAGACCAUGGCUCUAACGGAGAGGAGAGCGUCGAUGGAGGCUGAGAUGAAUGCGAUCAUCGAGUCUCUCUGCGGUCCUGGCGGUCCUGGAAUCUCUGGCAACCUCGUCGAUCGUGAGGGAUUCCCGAGGUCAGAUAUCGACAUUCCGGCCAUUCGAUCUCAGCGUGCUCGACUUGCCGCAUUGCGCAAUGAUCACAAGGAUAUCACUGAAAAAAUAGAAAAGAAUCUACAAGUUUUGCACUCAGUAAGAGCAGCUAAAGUUGCACCAUUGCCCUCAAAAGAUUCAGAUACAUCAGUUUAUGUUCAUGAAAGUACAUCUCAAGAUUCUUCUAUGGGUGAGGAACCUAUUGUUAGGAUUCCUUUUGCUAUGAUUGACGAAAUAGCUGAUGACUCACCAGCAGCAGAAGAUGGAUUGCAGCUUGGCGAUGAGAUCUUAAAGUUUGGGAAUGUGGAAAUUGGUGGUGAAUUGCAAUCAAGGCUCGUUUUAGAAGCACAGUCUAACCAGGGCCAUCCAAUAUCUAUGGUGAUCAUAAGGCAGGGUUCGGUAAUGAAUUUGAGUGUGACACCUAGGCCAUGGCAUGGCCGUGGACUGCUGGGAUGCCAUUUCCGGAUCCUAUGAUGUUUCUUCAUUUGCGAGAACAGCAAGACUGUGGACUUUGCUGCUGUUUACACUGAUAUGUGGCUAUAUCGAGUUGGGCGGUUUUCUCCAUCGUUUGCAUUUUUCUCGUCAGCUGAUGGCACUACUCAUGUUUUGUAUGAUGUUCAGAUUUAUUGGUAGUGUUUGAACUAAAUAAACUUAGCAAAACUUCUUCCGAAAUCUGAUGUGUGGCAAAACUUGUGCAAUGAUACUGCUUCAAAUUGACCUGAUGUUAUGAGAAGGGGCAUUCCAUGUGUAUUUUAGAUACUUGA